AUGGAACUGAUCGAUUUGGACGAAGACUCGUUGAUGGAAAUAUUUUCAUACUUCCACUUUAACGAACUACUAACGCUAUCUUCCGUUUGCUUGCGCUUCCUUCAUAUUUGUCAGAGGCAUCUGCGUACUAUACGCAAUUUUGAACUUGACUAUCGAGCGGUGGUUGCCCGUGACAACUACACCGAGUACCUCCGAAAUGUUUUCGCAAUCCUCGGUCCGACCAUGGAGGCCUUCCGAUUUUCUGGCGGAUACAUUAUGGACGAAAUACUCAAACAGACAAUCGUGGACAAUCUAGCAACGCAUUGCACAAACCUUCAGCAUCUGACGAUUAACUACACGGUUCUCAAUGAGCAUCACUUGCGACCACUUGCUACCCUGCUACGCACACUCGUUAGCCUCGAUCUUGGCCGAUGCGACAUGACGGACGAGAAUCUAGGUGAGUUUCUACAAUCAAGACCGUUGAAGCUACGUUUCCUUGCCAUUCCGGGCAACCCAGCUCUGGAGGGUGCUUUUUUCAAACACUGGACCACAGCCGAGCAACUAGAGCAGCUAGAUUUGAGUUACUGUUAUUCGCUUAACAUUGACGCAAUGGAAGGUUUUAUGCAGCAUGCCAAUCGAUUAAUGGCCGUGGAUGCCACAGGCAACCUCUGGCUCGAACGGAAUAAAGAUAUCUUUCGAAGAGAUGGUCGUUCGAUCACGAUGGGUACGAGUAUGCCUGCGUUGGAAUACUUCAGAGCAGGUUGAAGGAUGAUUGAAUUCAAUGCGCUGCACGUUGAGUCAUUCCAAAAAAAUCCGUAUAUAAAUGCGUCAAAUGCAUACGUGCUGUUCUACAAGAAUAUUUUUGGAAC